AUGAAUUUGUUACGCAUAUUGGAUAGCACGCCGGAACCUCCUAUAAUUGAAUUGGAGCUCAGCGAAACAAAUAACAGCGGGGACUAUCAUUUGGGCACCCCGAUGUACGAAUACCAGAAAGAGCUCACCGAUCAAAUUAUUUCCCUUCAUUAUCCCGAUAUACUAAAGUUUUGUGAAACUGAUGACCACAAGGACAUUAUACUCAAGUCGGUUGAAACGUGUAUCGAAAACUGUAUGCUAGUGUGUACGCAUCCGUAUCUAUUAAUCAGCCACUACAUGCCUAAAAAUUUAGCUGUGAAGGAUAUGCCAGCGAAAUUGGCAGAAACAAGUGGUAAGUUUAAUGUUUUGAAAGAUUUAUUGAAUGUCAUAAUUCUGAACAAAACAUCGCAUGUAAAGUCAGUGGGUCUUGUUAUGAGUAAUAAUGUGAAGCUCUUUGAUUUGAUAGAAGCUUUAAUUAUGGUGUGCCCUGGUAACAAAAUCGUUAAGCGAUAUGUUGGAAAUAAUAUCCAGCGGGAAUCAAAAAAGGCUGUCAAAAACGGCAAUGGCGGUAACGGGAAUAGCCUCAAUGGACACGGUAAUAAGUCUAAAAACCCAACUCAAAUUCACCUUAUACCUGCCGAUGGUGACAUUCAACGGGACCAAGAUCUAUUUGAGGCAUCUCGAUUUGAUGUAUUGAUUGCUAUUGAUGGAAAUGUUAACACCCAAACAGCGUUUUAUCAAAAUUUGGAGUCAAAGAAUCAUUCAAGUGAAGAGCAACCAGCAGUCACCAUUCGUUUGGCACCAUUCAAGACAAUAGAGCAUAUAAAAUUGUUUUACCAGCAAAAUAAUGGUGACAAUGAUUACUUGUACAAGCUUAUUUCAUCAGUCGUAUGUUUGAGGGAUUAUAUUGGAAACAUCCCUCCCGACAUUUUCCCAAUAUAUCAUCAGAGGCUAACAUAUUUGGGACCCAACUUUUUCGAUCACAUAUUUCAGAACAGAGUAGGCACAUAUCCGGCAUGGCCAUUACCGGCUCUUCCCACAAUACAGAAAUUUACUCCAAUUGAUGUAGAAAGGUCAUUGCUAACAGAAGCUCAUUUUCAUUACACCCCUUACGGGUUGCAACCGUCCAUGUGUGAGAAAGCUACUCCAACAUACUACGAAUCAAAACGUCUACAACUGGACUAUAUUUCUAACCCAUUGAAGAACUCCUAUAAUGAGUUGAUUGGAAUAACUGGUGCUACCGAGAGACAAGACACUAGUAUGUUGACUCACAAAUUAUUACUCCAGUUGAAUACAGCGUGCAAGGAUUUGAGAAGAGCAAAAGACGAGUAUGCUUCUUACAAAAAAUAUGAUUCUGAGGAGGUUCAAAAUAAAAUCGGGAGAAGAGAAAAGGAAAAGAGACUAGCUGUUUCAAAAAUUUUUGACGAUCUAGACCAUUCGCAACAGAGGAUCGACAGUGGUAACAAGUGGCACACCAAGAAACAAGAACAACUCGAAGAAAUUAAGUCAGCUAUUAAGGAAAAAGAAGAUGCGUUAAACAGCUUUCUGAAUAAAGCUGACACUCCCGAAAAGAAAUUGUAUGUUGAGAAUCAAUUGCAAAUAUGGAAGCUUAAAGGUCAAGUAAAACAGUUUAUUGCACGAAUACAAUCGAAAAGCGACGAGAAGAACUUUACCAAUAAGGAGUACGAAAACUCUUUGAGUGCCAUUAACGAAGCCAAGGAAGACCAAACGUUGCUUACUGAACAAAUACGAAAUGCAAAAAGGAAAUAUGACGAGUACGAGCGAGACCAAGAAACCAAAGGAGAACAGUUUGAAUCUAAGCAUCAAUCGAUUCUUGACGAAAUUGGUGAUUUGGAAACCGCGAAUGAGCAGCUCGAGAGAAAACUAGGUAUUGCGUUCAAGUUUUUAAAGGACACGGCACAUUUCAAGAAACGGAAAGCUCGAACCAGUACGCCAAGCAAAUAG